AUGGCGGAUGCCAAAUUAUUCACCCGGGGUAAAGCCCAAGAACUCCGAGAUGAAUUACGAGGGGCCAACGAUAAGCGAGAUAAAGGUUUCCUGAGGAAGAAGACAGCUUUGAAGAAGAUUGUAGCUAAUAUGACGAUGGGGAAUGAUAUGUCACCCUUGUUCCCUGACAUCGUGCAGUGUAUGCAGAUACAGGUAUUGGAGAUCAAAAAGAUGGUGUACUUAUAUUUGGUCAACUACGGGAGACUGAGACCGGAGGAAAUAACCAGUGCCAUAGGUGGAUUUUUAUCGGACUGCGCGGAUCGUAACCCCCUGAUUCGAGGAUUAGCUAUUCGAACAAUGUCUUCCAUACCAUUACCAGCCAUAGUCAAAGCGCUGGUGGAUCCAUUGCGUCACGCUCUUCAGGACCAAGAUCCCUAUGUUAGGAAAACAGCUGCAAUAGCAGUCGCAAAAUUGUACGCUUCGGAACCUGGACGAAAGGUGGUGGAAAGAGAAGGUUUCGUAGGAAUGUUAAGAGAUUUACUGGCGGAUCAUAAUCCCACUGUAGUGGCUAAUUGUGUUGCUGCUCUGGUGGAAAUCUCAGAAAGGGGGGAUGAUAUAGUAUUGAAAUUGAAUGGAAAUGUGGCAGGAAAACUCGUCGCUGCGCUAGGGGAAUGCUCAGAAUGGGGCCAAAUAUAUAUCCUCGAUUCUUUGAUGUCAUUUGUACCUCAGACUCAUCUCGAAGCCGAACAACUUGCCGAACGUAUAUCGGUUAGAUUACAGCACGCCAACAGUGCGGUCGUACUGACCACCAUCAAGGUCAUCUUGUAUCUCAUGAACUACAUGGAGGACGAUGUGUUGAUGAGGGUGCUAGAAAGAAAGAUGGGCCCUCCAUUGGUCACACUCUUAUCAUCCGGCUCUGAAGUCCAAUACGUUGGUCUACGAAACAUCCUCUUGAUAAUCCAACGUCGUCUCGGCAUAUUGCAGAAUGAAGUCAAAGUCUUCUUCUGUAAAUAUAACGAUCCGAUAUACGUCAAAUUGGCUAAAUUAGAAAUCAUGUAUAGACUCACUCGCGAAGAGAAUGUUUCAGAGGUAUUAGCAGAAUUGAAAGAAUACUCUACAGAAGUCGAUGUUGAUUUCGUCAGGAAAGCCGUAAGGUCUAUUGGUCGUCUAGCAAUCAAGAUCUCAUCAGCUUCGGAUCAAUGUAUUCAAACGCUUCUGAACCUCAUUGCGACGAAGAUUUCCUAUGUGGUCCAAGAGGCUAUAGUGGUGAUUAAAGAUAUAUUCAGAAGAUACCCUAAUCAAUAUGAAUCGAUCAUCACUACCUUAUGUGAGAACCUGGAUGUGUUGGAUGAACCAGAAGCGAAAUCUUCGAUGAUCUGGAUUAUCGGUCAGUAUUCCGAUAGGAUCGAGAAUUCCGAUGAGCUGUUGGAGGAUUUCGCUUUUACUUUCAAGGAAGAACCUGCCGAAGUCCAAUUAGCCCUUCUUACUGCAGUCGUCAAGUUAUUCAUCAGAAGACCUACUGCUGCUCAAGAGUUGUUACCGAAAGUCUUGAAGUUGGCGACAGAAGAAGCUGAGAAUCCGGAUUUAAGAGAUAGGGGCUUCAUGUACUGGCGUCUGCUCACUUCCAACCCGACCGCUGCGAGGGAUAUCGUCCUUUCUGAGAAACCUGUGAUCUCCACAGAGACAGAUAGGAUGGACAAGGGAAUGCUCGAUCAACUGUUGUUGCAGACAGGUACUUUGGGAAGCAUAUAUCAUAAGAACCCAAAUACAUUCAUCCGAACUGCCAAAGCUCGCUAUCUACCCGAUUCGCCCGCCUUGAACGCUUCCUCAAAACGACAUCUGAUCACCCCCUCCGGCUCAGGAAUGUCAUCUUCCGCUCUUCGAGCGCCUACUGUCCUUCCUGCCAGACCUGUAUCGUCCGUUCCUGCCAAUAACGCCCAGUCACCUGUUUCUCCCUCUGCUGUGACAGGAGGUGGGAUAUCAGAUGACGUAUAUGGUCAAUUGAGUGAUCUGGAGUUUGUUAAUGGUGGUGGAGCUGGUUAUCAGACUGAUAUACCUAGACCUAGAGGUGCCGAAGAGGAUUUGUUAUUUUAG